AUGAAUGUAUCAUUUGUUUCCAGUGAAACAGAACAGCAAGUUGAUGCAAUAAUUCUUUCCCAGAAAGCCGAAUCUAAUAAAUCGUAUCCUGAAAUUGAGAUCAUCAUAUUCAAAAAAGUCCCAGAGAUGCUUUUGGUCCUGAUCGCCCUUGAAAUAAGCUCAGCUUUGGUGCACGCUCAAAUUAGAGCUGAACUGGGCGCAAAAGUUGCACUGAAGUUGCCAGCACAACCUCGCCCACGUCAAGUAAUACCACCACCUCCACCCCCGCCACAAAUAGUCCCUCCACCUCCGCCUAUGCCACCACUAAUAGUACCACCCUCUCCAAUGCCACUAGUUCCACCACCACCGCCUCCUCCUCCUCCACCCCCCAUCAUAUCACCACCUCCUCCGCCACCUCCUUUUAUGGUCUCAGGGACACCUUUCUGGGACAUCAACGAUAUACCAGUUCUGCUGGACCGUUUCGUUUCCACUCCACCGGAUCGUAUACCACCCCAUGCACUGCAACGUAUCCAGCAAUUUUGUCGUCAGUUUCCGGCACACUCGUUGUGCAGAAAAAGAUCUCCAGCUGCAGCAAUUCCGACAGUAACAAUUACCGAACGUUUUCCACCGGUACCGAAAAUCCCACAAAAAAGCUUGCUAGCCGGUGUACCGGGGAGUCUGGCUUCUGCUGUUCCACAGUUUGCAUUUGAGAAACUGAAAGAUGAAGAACGUGACGCUCUUUUUAAAGUCUGUUCCGAGCAGAUAAAAUGUUUGGAGCAAGAAGAUGCAUCUACGACAAAGCGAGAGCGAAUCCGCGAACAUGAACUUGCUAUUGCGAGAAAGUUUGCUGCUUUUAAACUAUUUAAAUUACUAGCUACGUGA